AUGUGGCGAUUUUGCCGCAAAUCGCCUCGUCAGAUUCAUUAUUCUAUAAAUUCAUGCAUUAAAAAUGCAAACCGUCGCCAAUUUUCAUUGUCUAGUUUUAUUUCAGCAAAAGAUGAUAAAAACGCGGUACUGAAGCAAAACGAGGUUCUUUAUCUUUUAAAUAAGGAUAAAAGAUUUGAAGAGAAAUUCAUCAACCAAGUCCAGGAAACCAUUCGACUGUUUGCACAAAAACCCGGAGACUUCAAAAAGUUUUUCAAGCCAAACAAGGACAAACCAAAAGAAAAUUCGACGAAAAGUGAGUCUUCGGGUGGUAAAAAGGAUGAUCGGAAUCCACUUAAUUUUCCGGGUGGAUGGCAACAGAUUGCCGUUUCUGUUGGAGUUCUCAUAGCAUUGUAUCUUUUCAUGGAUUAUCAGUCAUACAAGGAAAUUUCGUGGAAGGAAUUUUACAAUGAAUUUCUUGAGCCGGGAAUAGUGGAACGUUUGGAAGUCGUCGAUAAGCGAUGGGUUCGAGUAAUCAGCUCGUCGUCGAAAUAUCCUGGACAGACGUGCUAUUUUAACAUCGGAAGUGUAGAUAGCUUUGAAAGAAGUCUCGGUGCUGCGCAACAUCAUUUAGGAUAUGAGACGGAACGUCAAAUUCCGGUUUUGUAUAAAUCUGAGUUCAAUUUCAAACGAGAAGUGCCGAACCUUAUUAGCAUUGCUUUUCCGCUUCUAUUCGGUUAUUACAUUUAUCGAAUGCUAAAAGGAGGUGGUGCCGCAGGAGGUGCCGGACGCGCCGGUGGUGGAGGUCUAGGCGGAAUGUUUGGCGGAUUCGGUCAAAGUACGGCGAGGUUGAUCAACAAAGAAGACAUCAAAGUCAAAUUCUCUGAUGUUGCCGGUUGUGAGGAGGCGAAAAUCGAGAUUAUGGAGUUUGUGAACUUCCUGAAGAAUCCUCAACAGUACAAAGAUCUCGGCGCAAAAAUCCCAAAGGGUGCUAUCUUGACGGGACCACCAGGAACCGGCAAAACCCUAUUGGCGAAGGCGACGGCUGGUGAAGCCAACGUUCCGUUCAUUACGGUAUCGGGAUCAGAAUUUUUGGAAAUGUUCGUCGGUGUGGGACCUGCGAGAGUUCGUGAUAUGUUUGCGAUGGCUCGCAAAAACUCGCCUUGUAUUCUUUUCAUCGACGAAAUUGAUGCCGUCGGUCGAAAACGUGGCGGAAAAGGAGGAAUGGGUGGACAUUCGGAGCAAGAGAACACACUCAACCAGCUCCUCGUCGAAAUGGAUGGAUUUACCACGGAUGAGUCGUCAGUUAUCGUGAUUGCUGCAACAAAUCGCGUCGACAUUCUCGAUUCUGCUCUUCUUCGUCCUGGUCGUUUCGAUCGACAAAUCUACGUGCCUGUGCCUGAUAUCAAGGGACGGGCUUCCAUUUUCCGUGUGCAUUUGGGACCAUUGAGAACAUCGUUGGACAAGACGGAACUUUCGCGUAAACUUGCCGCCCAUACUCCUGGAUUUUCAGGUGCUGACAUUUCGAAUGUAUGUAAUGAAGCCGCUCUUAUUGCUGCCCGAGACGCCAACAACGAAAUUGGAGCCAAGCAUUUUGAGCAAGCCAUCGAACGUGUUGUAGCCGGAAUGGAGAAGAAGACACAGGUCCUUCAGCAGGAGGAAAAGAAGACUGUCGCUUAUCAUGAAGCUGGACAUGCGAUCGCUGGAUGGUUCUUGCAACACGCUGAUCCGCUCUUGAAGGUGUCAAUCAUUCCACGCGGUAAAGGACUUGGAUAUGCGCAAUAUUUGCCAAAAGAACAAUAUUUGUAUUCAAAAGAGCAACUUCUCGACAGAAUGUGUAUGACGAUGGGCGGCCGAGUUUCCGAAGAAAUCUUUUUUGGGCGAAUCACAACGGGAGCACAGGAUGAUUUACAAAAAGUGACACAAAUGGCGUAUUCUCAGGUAUAUUUAUUGCACAAUUUGUAG